UUGCGUGUACCCAAUCGGAUUGAUAGUAAAUGAUCAUUAUCGAGGAUUUUCAAUUUUCAUGAAGUUCGUCUUUAGUGGAACCGGCGGGAUGUUGGAUCACGUCAGUAGCAGUUCCGUAAGAUGGACAGUGCUUGCACUCUGCCUGUUAUCAGCAGUUUCCGGUCAAUUGGAUCUACCGCCCUACAGAGAUGAAGAUGCUAACCGACAGCUACCACCCAAUGAAGUAAAUUUCCAAAACAUCUUAGCUAGAUUAGAUUUCCUCGGCGCAGAAAGAUGUAGCGCUAAUGUGAUAGCUCAAUGGGCAUACGAAACCAACGUCAACGAAUAUACGCAACUACAAGCGCUGGAUGCUCAACGCUUAUAUGCGGAUUUCCAGUACCAAGCAUGGCUUUUAAUCUCGAGGAUCGAUAUAAAUUCUGUUCGAGACCCCAUCAUCAGACGACGACUCCGUUAUUUGUCCGUGGUGGGCCCUUCGGCACUACCACCUGAUCAACUGGACAGGUACAAUCGCUUAAUCAACGACAUGCUUGCGAUUUAUAACGCAGCGACCAUAUGCGCUUACAACGACCCGUUCCGGUGUGGACUGCGUUUAUAUCCAGAUAUAUCGCAAAUCAUGGCAAAAAGUCGAGACUGGGACGAACUGCAGUACGUCUGGACCGAGUGGAGAAGACGAAGUGGCAGGCCGAUUAGGGACCUGUAUCAUCAACUUAUUGCGUUGACCAAUGAUGCUGCAAGAAUGAAUAACUUUACCGAUGCCGCCGAAUAUUGGAUGUUCCCUUACGAAUCUCCUAAUUUUCAACAAGACAUUGAUGAAGCUUGGGAAAUGAUACGUCCACUUUACGAAGAACUGCACGCUUAUAUUCGUAGAAAGCUGAGGGAUCUUUAUGGUCCUGAAAAAAUUGGCAUACACACCCCUCUUCCGUCUCACAUUCUCGGUAAUAUAUGGGGACAGUCUUGGACCAAUCUUUUGGAUGUUACUUUGCCGUAUCCCGGUAAAACAUAUCCCGACGUCACGCAGGAAAUGCGGGCUCAAGGCUACACACCUAUUGACAUGAUUCGAGUAGCCGAGGAAUUCUACCUGUCCUUGAAUUUGAGCGCAUUGCCGCCGGAAUUCUGGGCCGGAAGCAUAAUCGCCGAUCCUGGUGACCGCCCAUUAAUCUGCCAAGCGUCCGCGUGGGACUUUUGCAAUCGCAUAGAUUACAGAAUCAAAAUGUGUACAAAAGUGACAAUGAAAGAUUUGGUAACUUUGCAUCACGAGAUGGCACAUAUUCAGUAUUUCUUGAGGUACAGUGGUCUACCUCGCGAAUUUCGUGACGGUGCUAAUCCAGGAUUCCACGAGGCGGUCGGCGAAGCCGUCGCUUUGAGCGUCACGACGCCGCAGCAUCUGCAAACUCUGGGUCUGGCGAAUACGUUCAUCGAUGAACGCUCCGCGGACAUCAACUACCUCUUCUCCUUGGCGAUGGACAAACUGGUGCUGCUGCCCUUCAGCAUCGCGAUGGAUAGGUGGCGAUGGGACGUCUUCCGCGGCUACGUCAAUAAAGAGGAGUAUAAUUGUCACUGGCACCGGCUAAAGGAGCAAUACACAGGCACGAAGCCACCGGUUUUGCGAUCCGAAGACGAUUUCGAUCCAGGAGCGAAGUAUCACAUCCCGGCCAAUAUUCCCUAUAUACGGAAUUUCGUAGCUGGGGUCCUGCAAUUCCAGUUGUAUCGCGCGCUGUGCCAGGCUGCGGGUCAAAGGUACGGAGUCGACAAUCCGAGGAGGCCGCUGCACAGAUGUGACUUUUACAGAAAGCCCGAGGCCGGCAGGAUCUUGGGGAGAUUAAUGGAGAGGGGCUCGUCCAUCCCGUGGCGGGAUACGCUGGGAGAAGCCACCGGCGAGUUCAGAUUAGACGGAUCCGCUCUUAGGGAGUACUUCCGGCCAUUAGAGGACUGGUUGAGGACCGAGAAUUUGAGGACGGGCGAAGUAGUCGGCUGGUCAUACGACGGAGACUUUUGCAAGAGGAGCAUAGAGACCGCGGGCCUGCAGGUUUACGGUAGCGGCUUCUACAACAGCGGCACAUCCAUCUCCGCGUCUUGGAUCGCUACGGGAAUCAUGAUGGCUCUUUGGAUUGUAUCAACACUUUACUGAACGCAACGAGUAGCCGAUUCGUCAUCGAGCACUGCAGAUGAUAAUAAAUUAAAGGAAACACCGUUAAUUUGCCAAAAUAUACCAAACCAUAUUCCUGUAAGAUCACUGCGGAUAAACCUUGAAUAACGGUAAUAGUUAAAUUAUUAAUUUGAAUGUAGCCAACCGAGCUGAUUGACGGCAAAAUAAUACUGCCAAAUAAUACAAAUAUACUAAAGUACACUCUUGUCAAGCGUCAAGCUGCAUGCUUCACGCGAUGUAAAAAGG